AUGAAGCUAACUAAAUACAAAUCAAUACCUUCAAUCACACUUAGUUUAUUUUAUAUUGCCCUUAGUCUUUCCAAUGUUUCCGCUAGUCCUUUGUCAAUUUUACAUUCUAAACGCGGUGGUGAGAGUACUAUCUCAUACAGUGGCGACAAACAAUGCGGUUCACAUUGUAGCUUAAAACCACAUGAUGGAUCUGAACUAUAUGGUACCGCCAAGACAUACGGUGGUUCCGGACCAAAAGCACCUGAAGGACCAGAAAUUCCUGAAGGACCAAAAGCUCCCGAAGGACCAAAAGCUCCCGAAGGACCAGAAGCUCCCGAAGGACCAGAAGCUCCUGAAGGACCAGAAGCUCCUGAAGGACCAAAAGCUCCUGAAGGACCAAAAACUCCUGAAGGACCAAAAGUUCCCGAAGGACCAGAAGCUCCCGGAGGACCAAAAGCUCCCGGAGGACCUAAAGAACCACCCGAAGAACCAGGAGCACCCGAAGGACCAAAAGCUCCCGGAGGACCUAAAGAACCACCCGAAGAACCAGGAGCACCCGAAGAACCAAAAGCUCCCGGUGGACCUAAAGAACCAGGAGUACCUGAAGAACCAAAAGCUCCCGGAGGACCUGAAGAACCAGGAGCACCUGAAGGACCAAAAGCUCCCGGAGGACCUAAAGAACCAGGGGCACCUGAAGAACCAAAAGCUCCCGGAGGACCAGAAGCACCCGAAGAACCAAAAGCUCCCGGAGGACCAGGAGCACCUGAAGAACCAAAAGCUCCCGGAGGACCUAAAGAACCAGGAGCACCCGAAGAACCAAAAGCUCCCGGAGGACCUAAAGAACCAGGAGCACCCGAAGAACCAAAAGCUCCCGGAGGACCAGGAGCACCUGAAGAACCAAAAGCUCCCGGAGGACCUGAAGAACCAGGAGCAUGCUGCAAAGAACCAAAAGCUCCUGAAGGACCAAAAGUUCCCGCAAAUGUUGCUGUAGCAGAUGUAUUUAAACCUGGAGUAAUCCAAUUUCAUUUCUCGUUCAGCAGUUAUGGAGAAGAAACGAUCAUUUUAGGAUUGUUUCAAUUGUUUCAUUGUAAGCCUAAAGAUUUAAGCGUAACCGCCGGCAAAAUCAAUCUUAAUAAUUUACACGAAUUCACAGAAGCACUGGAACAUUCACAAAUUGUUGAUAAUGGGUAUGGUAGUCCAGCUAUUCGCCUCAGUAUUCAUAGUUCACUUGAUUCAUUUGUGGGGAAAAAGUUUAUCGUUUGUUGCAAGCAACAUGUAAUUGCAUCUACCACUAUCAAAUCUAGUUAA